UCACUUAAAAAAAAUCAAUUGACUUGCAGUCAAAUUUUUGUACCACAUGAUAAAACACGCUCUAAGGAGUUCUAGUAAAUGUGAUGUGUAGCAAAAUUGUGAUCCACACAUCACAUCAUAUUUUCACAAUGGAUAAGUUGCAUAGUGACCCAAUCAACAUUCAACCUUGUCCCUUCCUUCACACAUUCCACUAAUCACAAAAAUGGCAACAUCUCUAUUCACCUCCCUUCUCCCCUUCACUUCAUCAACUACAUCACAUUCAAACCUCUCACCUUUCCGUGCAUUCAGAGUCUCAGCUUCUAUCUCAGUUCCUGAAAAUCACUUCCAACACACACCCAGAAGAGAAUUCUUAAAGGGUGUUGCUCUUUCUCUCCCACUUAUUGUUCUCACUGAGCCACCUCCCUCACAAGCUAGAGACGUUGCAGUUGGCUCUUUCCUUCCUCCAUCAUCAGACCCUUCUUUUGUUCUCUUUAAAGCUUCUGCUAAAGACACCCCUGCCCUUCGAGCAGGAAAUGUGCAGCCAUACCAAUUCAUCCUUCCCCCAACAUGGAAACAGCUUCGUAUAGCUAACAUACUAUCAGGAAAUUACUGUCAACCAAAAUGUGCCGAGCCAUGGGUGGAGGUUAAAUUCGAAGACGAAAAACAAGGAAAAAUUCAGAUAGUUGCUUCACCAUUGAUACGCCUAACCAACAAACCAAAUGCAACAAUUGAGGACAUCGGGAGCCCAGAAAAGGUCAUCGCUUCUCUCGGCCCAUUCGUCACUGGAAACACUUUUGAUCCAGACGAGCUCCUCGAGAUGUCGGUUGAAAAAGUUGAUGAUCAGACGUACUAUAAAUAUGUGCUUGAAACUCCAUUUGCUCUUACUGGUUCACACAAUCUUGCAAAAGCAACAGCUAAGGGAAACACUGUUGUGUUAUUUGUGGCUAGUGCCAAUGACAAACAAUGGCAAACUUCUGAGAAGAUUCUAAAGACCAUGCUUGAUUCCUUUAAAGUGUAGUUUUCUGUGGUUAAAGGUAAAGAAGAUAAAUUUACAUUUGGUUUAUUCCCUUUGUAGUUUUUGUUUAUACACACGAAUAUUAAGCAAGAGCUGUGUUAAUUCCCAUUUGAAAUUUUUUCUUGAGUUGAAAUAAAAUUUUACUUGUUUUAACAGAACAACCUUGUCUUUGUAAAUAUCUGAUCAAGCCAAUGUCUUAUGUUUUUAUUGUCU